CGCCGAGGCAGUUCCGGGGCGGGCGGCGGCCAUUGCGCUGUGACCGAGGGGACACCGCGGCCAUGGGGAAGCACUUCGGGAACCUGGCGCGGGUGCGCCAUGUCAUCUCCUACAGCCUGUCGCCCUUCGAGCAGCAAGCCUUCCCCAACGUCCUGUCCCACGGCGUCCCCAACCUGGCCCGCCGCUUUGCCUCCCAGGUGUUGAAGGUGGUGCCCCCCCUGGCCCUCGGUUACCUGAUUUAUUCCUGGGGGAACCAGGAGUUCGAGCGGCUCAAGAGGAAGAACCCGGCUGACUACGAGUGCGACCGCUGAGCAGGAGCAGUGCCCGGUGCCCACGAGCAGGGCCCGGUGACCAGGAGCAGUGCCCACGUGGCUCCGGAGCUCCCCGGGACCUGCUGUGCUUGUUCCCAUGGCCAGAGGGGAUUAACAGGGAGAUAAGCCUUGGCUAAUAAACUGUAACUUUGCCCCAUGA